UUCUUUUCCACUCAAACCCAUAAUCCUUUCAUAUCUUCAAAAUUAUUUCAAUUUUCAAAUUAUCUUUCAUCAUAUAAUCUUUCCUAUAAUCUUUUAUUGUUUAAGCUUCAACAAUGGCGUCAUGCGAUGAAUCAUCGGCUCUCGACUUUAUCAAGAGUCACCUCUUCAGUGAACUUUCACCUAUUGGUGUUAAUUUCAGUUUUAAUAACAAUAAUUUUGUUAAUAAUGGUUUGAAUUUCGAUCUUAAUCAGUCUAAUAUUGCUAAACCUGAAUCAUCGAUCGGUAAAUCGAAUUCUCUCUCCUCGCAAAAUUCUCUUUCCUCACAGAAUUCCUUUUCUACUUCGUACUUUACCGGACAACAGGAGAUGGAUUCUAGUUCUAACUUGAUUAAGGAAGAGAAAGCUGCCGAUUUCGAUUUCGACUUCGAUUUUGAUGUCGAUUUCUCAAAAUUUGAGACGAAGGAGAUGUCUACACCAUCGCCGACGUUUUCCGGCGGAUCGAAGUCGAAGUUUAGAGAGAGGAAGCCGGCGAUGAUGAAAAUCGCGGUUCCGGCUCCGGCUAAGAAAUUUGAGGUGGUCGAGUUUGUAUCCGAGUUAACUCAAAAGGCGAGUAACGAGUUGGCUCAGAAGGUUGAGAAGCAGGAGGCCCAGAGGCACUACAGAGGAGUGAGGAGAAGGCCAUGGGGAAAGUACGCCGCUGAGAUUCGUGACCCAAACAAGCGCGGUUCACGAGUUUGGCUCGGGACAUACGACACCGCCAUCGAAGCGGCCAGAGCCUACGACAGGGCUGCGUUCAGGCUCCGUGGCUCGAAGGCGAUCCUCAACUUCCCUCUCGAAGUUGGAAAGCUGGUUGAGGAGGCCGCUGCCACUGCAGCCACCGCCGCCACUACCGGCGCUUCAUCCGAAGGAGGUAACGGCGGAAGGAAAAGGAAAGCGGUGGAAGAGACUAAAAAAGAGGUGGUGGUUGUGACGAAAAAGGUUAAAAGUGAGGAGAGCUCUACGACGUCGUGUUUAGUUGAUGAAUCAUUUCCGUUGACUCCGUCAAGUUGGACGGCGUUUUGGGAUUUGGAUGUGAAGUCAGGGAAUGGGUUGUUUACUGUACCUCCUCUGUCACCGUUAUCUCCACAUCCAUCGAUAGGGUAUUCACAGAUGGCGGUCAUGUGAGAAAGUACUACGUAUAAUUAUCAGGUUUUCGUGAAUAUUCAACCGUUUGAUGAAAAAAAAGAUGGUUUUCCGUAUUAGUAUUAGCUUGGAUCUUGUAAUAGUCUACUGUUUAAGGGGUGCUGUGUGUAAAUACAAACUCGCAGCCUUGUAGUUUUGGAAUUCCGAAUUAUUUUAUUUGAUUUAUUAUUAAUCCUAAUUAAACUUUCUUGGAUUCUUUUA